AACGUGCUCAUUCAUUAGAUAUGGGAUCUCUUGUUUAUCUAUUUCCUUUUCUGCCAUCCCGUGGCGCCAUUGGAACUGUCGUCUGCUUUGCAGUUAAUUUUAUUUUGGCCAACGUUGCAGAUUAGUAAAAAAGAAUAUGCUCCUAUUGAUAACAUAAUUAUAUGAACUGUUUUUUUUUUUUUAUAAAAGUCAGUUUCUUUAACAGCAAUUUUUAAAAACUGUUCAUUUUAUUUUGCGCCUUAAUAUGCCUCGUUAUCUGGCAUUGAACUAUCUUGACGACAGCUUAUGUCGUAAACAAGCAAACCGUGCGAGAAUGAUUGUACCGGUCAUGUUCCAUGAUCCUAUGGACACUAUUGCUGUGGAGAAUAGUGCGUAUCGUCACCCAUGGAGUAAAGGCUGCCCAUCACUCAACGUUGGAGAUCUUAUACUGAAAGUUGGUCAAUCCAUAUCCUCAAUUAUGCCAAGUGCAACAAAUGAAAAUCGUUACCUAAAUUUUAAUGGAAUCCAAUAUUAUUUCAACUCAAACUUAGUUGAAGAAGUUAUUCCAAAUUCUGACCCCACAUCACAGGAUGUGGUUGAUAAGUUGUGUUUUACUAAAGCUUCUAACAUUGGCAAAGCUGGGACACCAGUCCAGAAUUUGUCGCAUGUUGACCUGUUCAGCUAUCCUCAGAUGAUUGCUAGCGAUGAAUAUUCCAUUGGUGAAUUAGCUUGUGCAACAACUUUCACACACUGCUUACCACUUUUAUCAAACAUGAUUUCUAAGUUGAAAAAAGAAAUGGUACCGGAUCCAAGUAUUGCUAUGUUUAAGAUGAAAAAUCAAAUGAAGGAAUUGGAUAAGCUACCUACAUUUGUGCAAGAAAAAAGUGAUGUCAAUCAUUUCAUGCAAUAUUAUGGACAGAGUUACAAUUACGAUGCACAACAGUUUGAAUUGGAAAAUCAGUUGCUGUUAUCUAUAAACAAUGGAACAAAAAGAAUAAAUUGCUCAACUAUGCUUCAAGAUUUUUUUGUCAUGCAACCAUUUGAUGAAUGUAGUAUGAAUAAUUUAGAAAUUUUGGUGACGAAAUGUACAGAAGAUGUGCGCUUGAAUUUGAAGCAAAUCCAAACCAAACUUGAUGAAUAUUUAUUUGAAACAUACGAUAAAGAAAAUGAUUCUUUUCUGUCACUACUUUGCCAUGACUCAAAAUUUGAAGUUUUACAUAAAGACAGCUGGUAUAUGGACAGUAUCAUGAUUGGACUUCAAAACCAAUAUGACUGCUUCACUACAGCUCAUCAUACUUUGCGUUUGGAAGCUGAAGACACAGAUAUUGCAGAGUUUGGUAAUAAAGUAAGUGAAUGUAAUGUUAUGGAAGUGGAAAAAUAUCCAAUUAUGUGGAAAGAUUCUUCAGUGCUUAAACUUAUGAUUCAGGAACCAAAUAUAGUUUCUAGAAAUUGUAAAUUGAAAAUGGAAUACGUACCCGAUUGUCAGCAAUGUUUUAAAUGCAUUCCAAUACAUGAUGCUUCUGACAUUGCACUACCCUGGGAUCCAGUGUCACAUGUGGCGGACAAAACUUUUCAACUAAGAAAAGUGUUACAAUUUCAAGCAAUAACUCCCUGUGAUUUGUCCCAUACUUUCUGUGGGUUGAAAUUUAGUUCGGAAUUAUUUCUUUCCCGCCAACUUAACUUAAUUAACUCAGAAACAUUACAAGAUGAUGCAGCAAAUAGUGGUUUGGAAAGCAUAGAUGGUGGUACAGGAGAAAGUAAUGCUAAUUAUUCUGUUAAUGUUGACAAUUAUGUUGGUGGUUUAAACAUAAACAAGGAAUUAAUAGAAGAUAGAAAUGUAGAAACCCCACCAACAUAUAACAAUGUGUCUACCAAGUCGAAUGAAAUUGCAGCUGAUACAAACUUUGUUGCACGUUAUUUACAAUUAAGAGGUGAACAAGCCUCUGACCAAGAGCUUAGAGCAGGGGCACAAAUUGCAGCUGUAAAAACCAUGAAUACAAUUGAUUCAGCGCAAAUAAAAAAAUUGAGAACUGCAGUGAAAGAUAAAGUUGCAAGAAUAACCAAUGAGAAACCUGACAGUGGUGCAGCUGCAGUACAAGUAAGAAGUAAGGAAUAUCCAUCUGCAUGGGGAGGUUCAUUUAUUGUCGGCAAUCCUGUUUUAUCUGAGAGGAAGAAAUCAAAAGUGAUAGAAAGUUGCAUCACUGGAAAAACCUUGGAAAUUGUUUGUCACUUGGAAAAAUCAGUUCAGCCAUUUCUUUGCAGACUUAUUGAACAUAACUUAUUGAAAAAUGGAAGUAGGUUGUCAAAUAUAAAAAGAGCUGACAGUCGAUAUUUACUAAACCAGCAAACAAAGCAAUACAUGGAUUUACAACAAAUAAGGGAAGCAGUAGUUGAUCCUAAAUAUAUAUGCAUGUGCAAUAUAUUACAUGGAAUGGUUAAUACAUAUUAUCUUCUUAUUCAUGUUAGUCAUGUCACUGCAUUUGCUUAUCUGCACAACAUGCUGUACCAGCUGGAACAUGAAGCACCUUUUACUAAGUGGUCACUUGUGUAUGAAUAUCAAGCGUUUGUUCAAUCAUUGUUACAAAGUAUGAAACAUAUUCUUAGUCAUUCCGCUGCAAAGGAAUCCUGCACUCACCCUAAGUUAAACACUGUCAAAGCAACCAUUUUAAACUGGAUGGAAAAGAAGAAGAAAAAGAAUCGAAUUCACCAACAAAAGAUUCUGAUUAUUUCUGCUACAAAUUGUAGAUAUUUGUUCUCUAAACUAACAAGAUGUUUAAAAGAACUUUCCACAAAAGAGAUUCCAUUUAAUGUUGUUGCUGUUAAUGUUGAUGCACAUGAUCUAACACAUCAAGAUGUAUUAAGUAUAUUUGAAAGGUAUGUUUAUUGCUUGAUGUUUAUAUUAGUAAUUGUGUUGCACAUCUGGUAACUUGUAAGUGCUGUAGGAUAUGAUGUCCUGUUCUAAGUUUAAGACCUUGUGUAGUAAUUGCCCCAAUCUACUGGUCACUAUUAUUAGGUUGUCCAAAAUGUCAUGCAUACGAAUAAAAAUUUUGUCCGGCGCCGUGGCGUAUCGCGCCUGCCUGUAACCAUAGGU